AUGGCACCUCAGAAGCUCAAGAUCGCUGCCGCUGGCCUCGGCCGUAUGGGCAAGCGUCAUGCCAUCAACUUUCUCAAUCGAACACCACGCGCAGAGCUCGUCGCUGCCUUCACCCCCGAUCCCACCGAGAUGGCCUGGGCCAAGGUCAAUCUCGAGCCUCAUGGAGUAAAGCUUUACGAUGAUUAUCAAAAGAUGAUUGAACAAGAAGGUCUCCAGGCCGUUGUCAUCGGCACAGCUACCUCUGUUCAUGCUGAGGAGGCUAUACAAGCUAUGCAGAAGGACCUCCACGUUCUCUGUGAGAAACCUCUAUCUACGAGCAUUGAAGUGUGUCGUCAAGUAGUUGCCGAAGCCAAGAAGCGACCUCACUUGAAGGUCAUGUGCGGCUUUUCCCGCCGCUUCGACGACUCCUAUCGCGAUGCCUUCAGCAAGACCCAGCAGGGUGCCAUCGGCCGACCUACCAUCAUCCGCAGUCAGACCUGCGAUAAGCACGACCCCUCAGGCUUCUUCGUCGAGUACGCUGCUUGGUCGGGCGGUGUUUUCGUCGACAUGUCCGUGCACGACAUCGAUCUGACUCUCUGGUUCUUCGGCGAUGAAGUCAUUCCCAAAAGCGUUUCAGCCCACGGUGUCCGUGCCGUGCAGCCCGACUUGGGCAAGUACAACGACUACGAUAACGCUGUUGGGAUCGUCGAGUUUUGGGGCGGCAAGAUUGCAUACUACUACUGCUCUCGAAUGAUGGCCCACGGACAGGAGGAUACCACAGAGGUUAUUGGAACAGAGGGAAAGCUGACAGUCAACGGAAACCCCCAGUCCAACCUUGUUAAUUACUAUCACUCCGGCGGUAUUACCCGCGAGGUACCCGCUCACUAUUACGGACGCUUUGAGAUGGCCUUUGUACAGGAGGCGAAUGAGUUUGCUGAGGCUUGCUUGGAUAGCAAACCUCUGCCCCUCAAGCUAACAAACGCUGUGAGAGCUGUUGAAAUUGGUGCUGCCCUGCAAGAAGCUCUUGUGAGUGGAAAGCAAAUCCGGUUCGAUGAGAUUGGACGUCGCAUUGAGGAGCCUAAGCUGUGA